CACUGUAAAUUUCCCGCAAGAACUCUGAGAUUACCAACGACAAUCAUGACAACAUUUGACUCUUUACAUAGACAAUGCAGGAUAUUGGAAUCGUUAUUCGAUGUAAAAUUGACAUCUUACUCGCGGCUGGCUUUAGCAAUCGGAAGAAAUGCGUAUGACCUUGAAGCUGAAGGGUCUGGAGAACAAUGGAAAGACCUUGAAGUCGAGGUUGACGAUUUUCUGGAAAAGUUGCGAGUGACCAACGAGCAGCUCGCAGCGGUCACCAGCGAUCCUAAUAUGCCGCCUUCUCAGUCCAUGUCAAGAGCAAUUCAGAGACAUAGAGAUGUUUACCGGGACUAUUCACGCGAACUGCACCGAACGAAGACAAAUGUCAAAUAUGCACUCGACCAAGCUAAUUUACUCAGCGGUGUAAGGCACGAUAUUGAAGCUUAUAAGUCGUCGGCUGCAGAUUCAUUACUCGCCGAGCGUGGUAGACUUGACAGUUCUCAUCAAAUGACAGAUACUAUCCUCGAGCAAGUCUUUGAGACCAGGGCCGAGUUUUCGCAGCAGAGCGUAUCUUUGGUUGGCAUCAAGGGGCGUAUAAAUAAUGUUUUAAAUUCUAUGCCUGGCGUAAACAAUCUUUUGUCCGUGAUCAAAUUCCGUCGGAGAAGAGAUGCAAUCAUUCUUGGUGUCGUGAUCGCAGCGUGUUUGCUAAUACUCUUGAGAUAUAUUGCCCACAACUGAGACACAAAACCCGAGAGGCUCCGCAUCGAAUAAUAUACUUCACAGGGAGGAGAAUUGGCUCUGAAAUGUUCGUCGAAUGCGUUGGAAAAAAUGAUAUUUUAAAUCAACGUUUCAACCUAGUCUUCCUUGUUGGUAUUCUAAGUUAAUCCGAGAAGCGAGACGCGUAGCAAGUAGUCUUUGGCUGUCACUUCUCAGAAUGUGAUCACUGAAUGCAGGAGUUUAUUGGGGAGAAGAAA